GAAGAAACUCAAACUUUUUGUCGCUUGCUUUGACCGGAACGUUGGUGAUGUCCGGGAGCCACAGGUGUCCUGGAUCGUGCUGAUGCAUUCCAAAGAAUGCUUUCUUGGAAACGUUGUACCCAGUUUCAUUCAAGAGAUGCAAAGAAAAGACCAAAACAAGUAGCGCUCCUUUGGAGUUGCCCACAAUGCUGAGCUGGAGGAGGGCCCUGCGGGGAGUGGCCACCCCGUGACCGAGAACAGCAGCUGGCUCUCACCUGGGUCCUUGGGUCAAGCCUGGCGUGUGCCAGACAGCUGGAGCAAGUGCCUGACAGCACCUGCGCAGGGCCCACUGGAUAAGCCGGUGGCCUGGGAGACGGCAGGACUGUGGACCUGGUGCCUUAGUUUCCUCCUGUGCACUCUGACAGCACUCAGGAUGGGCCACUUCAGGUGCUGCAGCGAAGUAAAUGUAAUUUGAAGAAAGCAAGAAGGAACCAAUGGCUUUAGCUGGCUGCCCAGAUUCCUUUUUGCACCAUCCGUACUACCAGGACCAGGUGGAGCAGACCUCCCCUCACAGUGCCCAAGAUCUGGCAGGACCUGGCUUCCCAGCACAGUCUGAUCAGCUCGCCAGUCACCAAGAGGAUGACGUGGACCUGGAGGCCCUGGUGAGCGACAUGAAUGCAUCCUUGGAGAGUCCGUACUCGGCCUGUAGCACGCAGUCAGAGAUGGCACCCCUCCUCCAGAACAGCCCGCACGCCCGCAGCCAGCCGCCACCCUCAGGAACAAGGUCCCUGCAGCCACAGGUGUCCCCGAAGCAGAAGGUGCAGCGUUCUCAGCCUAUGCACAUCCUCGCCGUCAGGCGCCUACAGGAAGAAGACCAGCAGUUUAGAACCUCUUCUCUGCCGGCCAUCCCCAACCCUUUCCCUGAGCUCUGUGGCCCGGGGAGCCCCCCUGUGCUCACACGGAGCUCCUUACCUCCAAGCCAGGCCGCUGCGAAGCAGGAUGUUAAAGUCUUCAGUGAAGACGGGACGAGCAAAGUGGUGGAGAUUCUCGCAGACAUGACUGCCAGGGACCUGUGCCAGUUGCUGGUUUACAGAAGUCAUUGCGUGGAUGACAACAGCUGGUCGCUGGUGGAGCACCACCCACACCUGGGAUUAGAACGGUGCUUGGAAGACCAUGAGCUGGUGGUCCAGGUGGAGAGUACCAUGGCAAGUGAAAGUAAAUUUUUGUUCAGGAAGAAUUAUGCAAAAUAUGAGUUUUUCAAAAACCCUACGAACUUCUUCCCAGAACAGAUGGUCACUUGGUGCCAACAGUCAAAUGGUGGUCAAGCCCAGCUUUUGCAGAAUUUUCUAAACUCCAGUAGUUAUCCUGAAAUUCAAGGGUUUUUGCACGUGAAGGAGCUGGGAAGGAAAUCAUGGAAAAAACUGUACGUGUGUUUGCGGAGAUCAGGCCUUUACUGUUCCACGAAGGGAGCCUCAAAGGAGCCCCGACACCUGCAGUUGCUGGCUGACCUGGAAGACAGCAGCAUCUUCUCCCUGAUCGCUGGCAAGAAGCAGUACAGCUCCCCCACAGAUUUCGGCUUCUGCAUCAAGCCAAACAAAGUCAGGAAUGAGACGAAAGAGCUGCGGCUGCUGUGUGCAGAAGAUGAACAAGGCCGGGCGUGCUGGCUCACCGCACUCAGGCUCCUCAAGUAUGGAAUGCUCCUUUACCAGAACUACAGAAUCCCCCAGCAGAGGAAAGCCUUGCUCCCCCACUUCUCGACUCCAGCGCGCAGUGUCUCCGAGAACUCCCUGGUGGCGAUGGAUUUUUCUGGGCAGACAGGAAGAGUGAUCGAGAAUCCAGCUGAGGCCCGGAGCGCUGCGCUGGAGGAGGGCCAUGCCUGGAGGAAGCGCAGCACGCGGAUGAAUGUCCUAGGUAGCCAAAGUCCCCUGCACCCUUCUACCUUAAGCACAGUGAUUCAUAGGACGCAGCACUGGUUUCACGGCAGGAUCUCCCGGGAGGAGUCACACCGGAUCAUUAAGCAGCAAGGCCUGGUGGAUGGGCUUUUCCUCCUCCGUGACAGCCAGAGUAAUCCAAAGGCAUUUGUACUCACACUGUGUCAUCAUCAAAAAAUUAAAAAUUUCCAAAUCUUACCUUGCGAGGAUGAUGGACAGAUGUUCUUCAGCCUUGAUGAUGGGAACACCAAAUUCUCUGACCUGAUCCAGCUUGUUGACUUUUACCAGCUGAACAAAGGAGCCCUGCCUUGCAAACUCAAGCACCACUGCAUCCGAGUGGCCUUAUGACCUCAGACGUCCCCGUGGCUGAAGACUGGAGGACGCAGACACUGGAAUGAAGAGGGCUGUGCAUGGUUCAGAACACACAGCUAUUCUGCCCCUUGGAACUCGGAGCAGGAUCGGUUCAGUUUGGUCGGUUCCCGCUGACCAGGACUGACUAGUUUGUUGGACUUACCAGGAUCUGCUGCUGCGGAUCCAGCAGGCCCACCUCCCUCUGCCCCAGCCAGAGAAGGGAGGGCAUGGAAGAGCGUGCAAACCAGAGAAUAAACUGGAAUGAUCGUCUUGGCUGGGCCACGUAGGGAUGAGAACCGGAGAGAAGCAAUUGAAAAUGAACUCUUGCCCUGGAAUAAUCUUGACAAUUAAAACUGAUAUGUUUACUUUUUGUAUUGAUCACUUUUUUGCACUCCUUGUUUUCAAUAUUGUAUUUGGCCUAUGGUAGGAGGGGACAUGGCUUUCCUGUGCAUAUGAGAUGCAAAGACAGGUUUGAACAGGCAGACUUCAGAGACUGAAUGUGGGUCCCCAAAUGUCCCCAGGGGUGCUCCUCACCUUCAGGUUACCAUAGGUGGCUUCAGCUCCCAAAUAACCAACCACCCCCAGCCCUUCCCAUUUACUUGAAGAGCUUUUUUUCAAUCCAAGGUGUCACCUGCGGUAGGCUUUUGGCAUGUUUUGUGGACCAGCCAGGCCACCUCAACCUGUAAGUCACCUCUGUGCACAGACGUCCCAGACCCCAGACUCGGGUGCUGUUCCACCCUCAUGGCUCAGGAGACCUGCAUUCUUUGGAAAACUCCGUUCCACAACCCAGUGGUGUGGAGCAGCCCUACUGCUAGUCUGAUGCAGGCCAGCCUUUUGAGACAUGCCUGGAAACCCAUUAUCCGCCAGCAGCAGAUGCCAUACCACGGAGUGCCUUCAGCCUAUUCUAGAAAGAUCACUGCCUUCCCGUUGCAGUGGUUUGAGUCAUUUCGUGGCUGUUCUCUCUCCAGAGGUUAAAGAAUCUGAAGGGAAAUGGCACCUGGCUGGCUUCCUGCGGUAGUCCUGGUUUUCCAUAGUGAUAAAGAUGGAAACGUUGCAAGGGCUUCAUCCACAGCCCUGCAUUUAAAGGUCUUUCCUUGAUGACCUCAUCCUGCUGAAACCCCCAUAAGCCAGACACAUGAGGCAGCUAGAGCCCCGUCUGCCAGCUUACGGUCAGAGGCCCCUCACAGUGGUGUGUGCAUCGAUCGGCCCAGGGCUUGAGUUGUCUUACCGGCCCCCUCUGCCCUGCCCGCUGGCUGAGUCUCAGGGGUGAGAGUAGCCAUAUCUUUACAUUUGUUCUCUGCAGGCAGAAAGGGCUCUCGUGACCAGCAUAAAGACUCCUGUGCUGAGAAGCGAUUUCCUUUCCUGAGGUCACAGCUGCACACGUGACUGGCACCCCUGAACGUGUGCCAUGCAUUGCCUCAGCUCAGACCUACCGCAGGGCUCCACGGUUUAGCACAGACCCCACGCGGGCCCCAGUGAUGCCUAUCCGCUGUAAUGACAUUUAGGGUAUAGAAACACUGUAUUUUAGUUUACAGGCCAUAUUCUAGUUGUUUUCCAUGAAAUGUCUUCUUAAUACAAAUGAAGAAUUUAUAGUAAAACAUAUUUUUAACCAUAAAUGCUCAAUUAUGUCGUCUUCCUUUUGUAGCCUUUCUUUCAAACCAUGGACAAUUAGGUAAUUCUCAAGGUCUCCUUAGCAGCUUCCACUCAACUUCACUUUAGCGGCUGAUUCUUACACUGUUACACCUUGUUUCUUUUCACUAGUUGGGAGUAAAAACCUGAGAAAACAAUCUAGGAUUUCUUUGCUCUGUUUACAUAACCAGUUUCCCCCCAAGAGACAGCAAUUGUCUGCAGUAUUUCAUAUUUAUAAGCAGGUGUUUUAUUUAAAAGGAGAACAAAAGCUUGACUGACUCACAGUUUUGUAUGUAGCUGGUCUGACUAAUCUUUUGUACCUUCCGGCCACCUUUGGCAAGUGUAAACUCCCCACAGCCCCUGCCUCACCUGCCCGGGGCUGGGGCUCCACCUGACAGCCGCAGGCCCUUGUUGCAGGAGGGCGCUGGGUCUGGCCCGGCCAACCAGGGGUGGGCAGAGGGUCCACUUCUAUUUUUGUAUUUGAGUGACAUGAAUGUAAACGGGCAGCUCAGGGUCGAUUUGGAGCCUGUUGACUUCUCUCUCCCUGUGAUUUUCUUUUCUAAAGCGAAAACUCCAUGUAGCAGCCUGGCCUAGGUUGAGAAGGAAAACGGCAGGUGCUUUGGGUGUUUGAGUUAGCAGGUGAGCUCUGAGUUACAGAAUGCUUUUUUGUUUGCUAAACCCUGAAGAAAUAUGUGCCUCAGUCCAGUUGUUCUGUCGUCUCUUUUCUGCAAUUAAUACCUGAUGGUUUGACCACUGGGCACACCUUCCGGGGGUGGGACUUUCUGGCAGUAGGUGAUGUCGCAGUGUAAGCUGCAGUGACCGUGACAUGGCCUGAUGUGUAAAUGUUUUCAGGGAAUGCAGAAGGUAUUAAAUCAGGAGACAAAAUCUUGAUUCCAUGUGCUUUGCUCUCUUCUGUAUAUAGCUCUUUGGCUCAUGAGCCUAAUUGUAAACUUUCAGGUAUUUUUGUACAAAUAAGGGACUGAUGUUCUGGUUCUUGUAAUUAGAAAUAAAGAUUAAUACAGUGUUCUUCA